AUUAGUCCGAGCUCUCAUUUCCUUCUUCCCUUGGAUUUUCUUCUCCAUCUUCAGCUCAGAAAGAAACCAUGUUCUGUUCAAGGGGUUCAGUUGGGUAUCUUCUAUUGUUCUUGCUGUGUGUUUCAGCUCUAUAUAAUGGACGAGUUCUGGGAGCAAGAAAUCUUUCAGAGAAGUUGGAAGAUGAUGCAGAGAAGUCCCAAGCUUUGAAGGAGAAUUCCAAGUACAACAAUGGAGAUGAAGGUUCUUUUGCAACCAUUGACAGAGAAGUGCCCUCCUGCCCCGACCCACUACACAACAGGUAGCUCAGUGUCAGCAAUCAUACCUAUAAUCUUUUAGGAGCUGUGUAUAUAUAAACAAGCUAUGGAUCAAAGCCUGUCUUCAAAUAUUAAUAAGGAGUUGAGAAUCUUCUUGUUCCCUUUUUCUUUUGAGUUUCUAUAUUUAGUGUUAGGAACUUUAGAUGAAUCUUUUGUUGUUUUUUAAGGUUAAAAAGCUUAUUGUUUUGAAAUGCAAACUAUACAGUAAUAUAAUUCAUAUUGUUUU